UUAGGGUUCUAUGAGCUUCAGAUCCACCGGUUUGGGAAUCGACAGGAGCGGCGGAUUUCGCCCUCCUUCCCUGUUAGCGGCGUCAAUCCGCCUAGCUUGAUCAUCGCUCUCCCGAAAUCCUCGAAGAACUGGCUUGAAUCGCCGCUGUAGAUAUGGACGGCGCUCUUGGUGGCGCCAGGCGUGGAGUAGAGCACUUGAUCCGAGCGGAGGACGCCGCGGCCGCUCCUCAGGUCCGUGAAGUAGGCAUUGUCGAAUCGGAGAGGGGUCUGGGAGUCGAGAGGGGAGAAAUUCUCAUCGCUCGAGGGCGUGUCAGGGCAGGAUUCACGGAGGGAUUGGAGCAAAUCCUUGUCCAGCGCUGGAUCCGGCUGUCCGGUUCCCAUGAAGUCGUAGAGGCGAUCCUUGACGACCGCGCAGCGUGUCUGGCCGAUUGUGUGAGCUCCCGAGAGAGCUACCAUUUCGUCCACGGACAGGCCUUUGUUCUCAAACCUUGUGAUGAGCUCUUGGGUGGUGGCGUUGGCGAAAGGUAUGUCCUGCGCAGCGGCCGCCAAGCUCGCCACCGUGGUGUCUCUUCGGCCAUAGUGGACUUUCCAGUGAGGGCCGUGUGACUAUCACAGAAGAAAAGAUGGUGGUGAGAGAUUUGAUCUCGGCAUUUUCCUUUCGCUCACCGCUAUGACGGCUUCUCUUGCAGCUAGAGCCAAGAGAUCGGCGCAGGAAACCACGCCGUCGCAGAUUUGCUCCAGUUGGAACUUCACGUCGUCGAUGACUUCGUAAGCUCGAAAAAAGUUUGAGUUUGGAGGAGCGCUCUUCUCGCCCAGCCUGGGAGGAACGUCGUCCAGGAGGAUUGAAGCAUCGCAGCCCUGCAAAAGAAGUUACGCUCCGUCUUUUCGAUCAACUCAAGGCGAAGGAGUGAAGCUGCGAUCCCUGGCUCGUCCUGGACGAACUUAUUUACGGUCUCUCGCACUGUGGUCUCGAGAUUGGGACAGGAAUCCUGGUAGAAAUCCGGAGUGAGGUGCUCUUCCAGGCUCCAAUCAAUCACUGCCAGGAUCAAAACGAGGAAGAAUGCUCGAUCCAUAACUUUAGGAGGAGCUCUUGUGAUCAUCAUCGUAACGGACCCAGGACUGCGAGAUUUUUUCUACAAGGGAAUUCGGUUGCUGAAGCUUUUAUAAAGAUGCUUUAGGACGUGUGUUUCAUUUAUUA